UUGUACCAGCCGUGUAACCUCUUACAAGAUUUUGUACCACCCAGGUAAUUUGCCCUAUCUUUCAGUCCAUGGACUUUCUUUCGUUGGGAUCUAAAUCGAUGAAGGCAUUAUAGGGAACCUCAUGAGUCUCGACAUGGCCCACUUUCCGCCACGGGCUGUCUCGCGUAAGUUGAUUCGAGAAGAAGAAAGGAAGGGAUAUAUCAAGGGGGCAAGAGUUGAACUAAACAUGGAGAAAAGUGGAGAUGCCAAUUUGUGGAAAGUUAAAGCUCAACAAACGUGAAUUUGCAGCCGUUUGAAUCCUCUCUGGAUGUUACCCUUCCCUCGAUUUGUGCUCUCGAUAUGUGUUCAUUAGACUGAGAACCAAGAUGGAUAUUGGAAAGACAAUCUUCGAUGUCGUCCUACAAUGCUGGGACUGCAUAUCCAAGUACCUGGCAUACAUUCAGAGUCUCGAAGACAAUGUGGGCGCUCUCCGAAGAAAGAAGGAUGAUCUCAGCCACGUCUUUGAAGAUGUGAACCGACGAGUUAUGUUGGCUGAAGGAGAACACAAGAGAGGGGAGCAGGAAAUGCACAACAGUUGCCUGUGCAGUCUCUGCCCAAAGAACUGCAGGUCACGUUACAAGCAAUCGAAGCUCGCUGAGGCAAUGAAAUCCACAGUAGAAGCACAAGUGACCCAAGGUCGUAACUUCAAGGAUGAUAUUGCCUACGAGCCUGCUGAUUUGAUCCUCGAGAGAUCUCUUAAUGUUCUUCGCAGCAAGAUGGACGAGCUGGUAAGUGUCUUUGAAGAUGUGAACCGACAAGUUAAAGAGGCCGAAGAUCGACACAUCAAACGAACCAGCGAAGUAGGCAGCUGGUUGGACAGAGUGGGAGUCUUGAAGGAAGAAGUGGGAAAACUUCUGGAUAAAGGGGAACAGGAAAUCCGGAACAGCCGCUUGUCAUCGGGGGAUCGCUCUCCCAAGAACACUCAGACAUGUUACGAGCUGUCAAAACUUUCUGAUGAAAAGAAAUCCGCUGUACAAGAGGAACUCCUGAAAGGUCAUCUUUACUCUGUUGGAGGCAUGGCACUCGAACUUGCAGGCACGGCAUUUGAUUUUGCAACUACGAUAUUAGUACCCACCAAGAAGGGAUUCAACAUGUCUGCAUUUGGACAACACAAGAAUGAGCAGAGCCAGUUGGAAUUGCCUGCGGGGUCUCCCACAGAUGUGCUUGAAAAGGAGGACCUUGAAGCGAAGAAAGCUCCGUAAGAGAGGCUUGAUCUAAUGCGCUGUAUAUAUUUGUUGGUAUUUGAUUUGCCCCUACGAGAAUAGCUGCAAUAAGAACUUGACAGAGAGAUCCAUGAGAUACAUC